AUGGCGAUGGAUAUGGGCUUCUUGCCCACGAUCAAAUGCUCCAACUGCGGCUGCAAUGUCGAGAUCUCGGCCAUGGGCGACCAUGUUUGCUCCGCCAUCGAGCACGGUAAGUCCCCCCGUUGCGCCGAUUCCAUCCCCUCCCCCUCCGCGGGGCUCGAGGAUCCAGACCGAUUGACAACCGCCAUGGCCACAAAGCCAGGGCGAGGCGUGCCCCCGCGCAUCGAUCCUUCUGUCGCAAACAAUGCAUUUCUGCAACCCACUAUGCCCACGCCGGCGAGCAGCGUGGGAUCGCAUAUGCCGUCGCCUUUAUCAGUGUCUUCGGCGCCUCGGUCUCCGCUGCAACCUUCGCCGCGCCAAACAUCCCCUGAUGACGACUCGGUUCUCAAUCUGGACUCGGUCUUCUCCUUCCCCAUGCCUGGUAACCGGUCACCAACCCGCGUGGGAACCCCGAGACUAUCUCCUGAGGCGGCCGCGCGCUCCGCCGCGCCCACGCCCUCCCCGCGAUAUGGACUGGGACUGGACUUGGUCCCGGAGAAUGUGCAGCUCCCUCCCAGCCCGCUGCCACCGACGCCAGAGCCGACAGAGACCAAUCACCAGCGCAAUGAGUCUAUGGCCAGUCAAAGUAGUUACCGCACAUCGCUGGCCAGUACCCGCUAUGGAAGCUCCACGGCGAGAUCCUCGGCCAACAGCUUCUCACGCGGUUUCCACAAGUAUAUGGACGAGACGCCGCCGCUGCCACCCGCGCCACUCAAGACUCCCAACAAAUCCUCCUUUUCUCAGGAUUCACACAUGUCGCUCAGUUCAUCGUACCAGAGUGACAGAGCGGAAUCGUUUGGUGGAUUUGAUUUUGGAAUCCCGACCAACCCGAACCGCAGCGGCCUACACGAUCUCCCGGAGGAGCGUUCCCUGGAUGAAAGAAAGGCCAGCCCAGACCAAGAUUUCCCAUCGCCUUCGCAGAAUCGUCUCCACCCGGCCGCAGCAGCCGUAGAACCAGCGACGGAAGCGGUACGCAAAAACUCCGAUGCCUCGAGUCACAGUGCCUUGUCGGUCACUAGCUUUGCGCGUGCCCUCGGACUAGAGCAUCAGAUGCAGAAGCCCGAGAGCUCGGUAUCUUCCGAAUCCUCCCCAUCGGAAGUCAACAGUGGGAGCUCCAUGUCUAGUCUCCCAUCCGACACCAGCCUCAACAAAUUCAAAGCCAACGAUCCCCUGAAUCUCGGACCCCUGGUGGAAGAAUUGCCUCCACGUACGCGUCAAACCAUCUUGGAACUGCCGGGCCGUAUACGAAACGAAAUGGAUGAAGUGCCUCCGAUCCCUGCGGCCUUCUUCAGCCCCGACUCGCCCACCGACCCGGCAAUCAACCAAGGCAACCUGUCUUUGAUCGCCGAGAAGAAAGAGACCCCCGGAUCUCCUCAGCCGCCAUCAUCCGAACCUCCAUCCCCUCGGCGAUCCAUACAGCGAGCCGCCACGACCCCAAUUCCUCGUCCACCGACUCGGUCAGCGACCCGGUCCAAGGGCAAAUGCAAGGGAUGUGGCGAAGAGAUUACCGGCAAGUCUAUCUCGUCAUCCGAUGGCCGACUGACUGGGCGAUACCACCGUGGUUGUUUCGUAUGCUUUGAGUGUUCGUCUCCCUUCCAGACUGCCGAUUUCUACGUCCUCAACAACAAACCGUACUGCGCGCAGCAUUAUCAUGAGCGCAAUGGUUCCCUUUGCUCUACUUGCCACAACGGUAUCGAAGGCGAGUAUUUGGAGACUGUCGCGCACAAUGGUGGCCGUCCGGACCGCCGACGAUUCCAUAUCGAUUGCCUGCAAUGCAGAACUUGCCAUGUUCUGCUGAAGGGAGAUUAUUUUGAGUGGAAUGGCGGAGUCUACUGUGAACGAGACGCACAGCGGGCUGCCAAUGCAUAUUACCGGCCACUACCGGGGCCUGCGGGGCCUCCUGGUCGACGACGGCCCACCGUCGGCGCAUCCCCCCUUUCCCAAAUACAGACUCGUGGCUAUCCUCCUCCCCCGGCCGGAUAUCGGCCACCACCCUCCCCCGCACCCUCCCAAGGCGGACUUCGUCCUGGCCCACGCUUCCCGUCGGGUGGCGCCAGACGAUUCCCUGAGCGACGAACGACCAAACUCAUGAUGAUCUGA